AUGUUUUUCUCCUUAACACUAUUAUACGCCAUUUGGUGGAUAUCAUUUGUUAUAAAUAAAAAAAUAACAUUUUACCAAAAUGCAAAAAAAAUAAAUUGUCAGUAUUAUAUAAAAAAUUAUAUAUGGAAAAAUGGGUUUGAUGAUAAAAAUAAAAUUAGAAAAAAAAUAUUAAAACAUAAUAGGGAAAAAGAAUUUGAGAAUAAAAUUUAUGAUACACAUCCUAAUUCCCAUAAUAAUAGUAAUGUAUGUAGAAAUGAAUAUUAUAAAGGUUAUAUAGAAAAGAUAUAUAACGAUUUAAAUAAUUUGGAUACAAAAAAUGAUAUAAUUAAUUAUAUUAUUAAUGUAGGAAAUAAAAAUUGUAAAGAUUAUUAUAUACCCAUAGAUAAAACAAAAUUUACUAGUAAAAAUAUAUUCAAUUAUACAAAAAAACAAAAAUUUUAUAUUAAUGAACUUGGAGACAAUUCUAAAUAUGUGUAUAUAAAUAAAUGUAAUUCGAAUGUUUAUUUGGGUGUAAAUAUAGAGCGGUGUUGUUUUAAAAAUGAAGAAAUAGAAUCAAUAUGUCAAGGCAUACCAAACAAAAUAUGCAAACUGAAAUGUUCGGAAAUAUUAUUGUCUAAUAGUGAAGAAAUAAAUGAAAAAACAAAAAUUUUAGAAUUAUUAAAAAUGAACGAUAUUAGUGGAAUAAAAAAAAUUAUGAAAAAAGAAAGUUUGGUAAAAGAUGAAAAAAUAAAAUAUUAUAUUACAAUUGAUGGGUGUAGUGAUAAUAUAGUAUUGAAUAGUUUUAUUUAUAUAUUAUUAAAAGGAAUAAAUAAAUUAGAUUUGCAUUUUUUUUUGAAUAUAGAUUUUAAAAAAAUAGCUAAUGAUUUUAAAAAUAUGUUUGAAAUACAUUUCAAUACAGAGCAUAUUGUAAAUCAUAUUUACAAACGGAUUUGUAAAUUUUUUUUAAAAAUAAAUAAGACAGAAAAUUUGAAAAAAGAAGAAAAUACAAAUAUUAACCAAACUACUAGAUAUAGUCAUACUAUGAACAAAUUAAAAAAAAAAAAUAUACCAUCAAAUUUUGAUAUAAAUAAAUAUAAAAAAAAAUUAUAUUUUAAUAAAGAUAUGAAAAUAUAUUGUUAUCCAAAAGUAGCACAUAUGCUUAGUGGGGGAAUAGAUUCAUUAAUGGCUCUAAUUUUGUUAGAAAAAAAAAAGUUUUAUAUUGAUAAUUUUUAUUUUAAUUUCACAUAUUAUAAUUGUAGUAAAAAUGAUUUAAAAUAUGUAAAAAAUAUAUGCAAAAAUCGAAAUAAUUUGCAUAUUAUUAAUAUAAAUAAGGAAUAUUAUGAAAAUGUUUUUUUGCCAAUGCUUCGAAGUUAUUCAAAAGGGCAAGUUCCAAACCCAGAUAUUGUUUGUAAUAAAAAAAUAAAAUAUAAUUUUUUUUUAAAAACAAUUAAAUCAAUGUCUAAAUUAAAAGGAAAAAAAUAUAAUUAUUCGUACAUUUCAACUGGGCAUUACGCAAUGAUAUCUACAAAUAAUCCACAAAAUUGCAAUAACAUUUUUAAUAAUAAUUUUCCGUAUAUUAAAGGAAAAAUGGAAAAUAAAGAUAAAAAAAAAAAAGAGAGAUGUAAAUUAAUUGUUAGUAGUGAUUUGAAAAAAGAUCAAACAUUUUUUUUAUCGUCUUUUUCAGAAAAACAAUUAUCAAAAUUUUUAUUUCCGCUAAGUUUAUAUAAUAAAAAUUAUAUUAGAAUGUUCAUGAAAAAAAAUAAUAUUACCAAUUACAAUCCUAAUGAAACUAAAGGAUUAUGUUUGUAUGGAAAUGUAGAUAUGCAUUCUUUGUUGAAAUUAUAUUUUAAAACUAAAGAGUAUGAUGGUGCUGAAAUAGAUGGGAUCGAGAAAAAUGAAGCGCCCCAAAAUGAUGGAAAAAAAAGUGAUGAAAAAAAUGUAUAUAAUAAUUUGGGGAACUUAUCAAACAGCAAACGGGUGGAUCAUGGAAAUGGAGCAAAGAAGGGAAGUGGGAAAUUGAAUAUGGAAGUUUUGAGUGUGGAUUUAUAUAGAUUUAAAAAAAAUGAUAUAAAAAAUUUUAAUUUAAAUUAUGUAAAUUAUAUUAUAGAUAUAGACGAUGAAAUAGUUAUGGAAAAAAACUCAGAUAUUCAUUUGUACACUAUAGGGCAAAACAAACAUAUAACAACAUAUAUACAUGAUCUAUAUAUAAAGAGGUUUCAAAAUAAAAAAAAUGAAAAAAACAUAUUUUCUUCAUGUCAAUGGACAGUAGUUUAUAAAAAAAUAUUGCCAAAAGAGGCACAUAAAAAUGGAGAAAAAAAAAUUAUAGAGAAUUUUAUUUAUGUUACAAAAAAUUAUUCUGACAAUAAAUUUGCUAUUUUAAAAAAAAAAUGUAAAUUAAAAAACAUAAAAUGGAUUGAAAAAUGUGAUAAUGAUGAUAUUCCAAUUUAUUUAAAAAAAAAAAAAAAUAAAGAUGGAAAGAUAAAAAAUAGUGUAAUAAUAUUUGUGAAAAUACGAAACAAUGAAAAAAUAAAAAAAGCAAACUUGAUAUUUAAUAAAAAUAAUAAUGAAGGGUAUUUAGAAUUAGAAAAUACAGACAUAGGCUUAUCUCCAGGCCAAAUUAUUACUUUUUAUUUGCCAUUUAUUGUAAAAAAAAAAAGUCAAACUCAAUAUAUUUAUAACAUUGAUAAGUAUUUACAAUUUCCUAUAUAUUAUCAUUGUAUUGGAAAUGCAAAAAUAACAAAUCAAUAUCUUAACAUUGGGAUAUAUAAAAGGAUAAUGGAAAUUCAUAAAAAAAAUAAUCUCACAUCCUUUUAA